GUUAGCAGAAUAUAUAUUUGAUAGGCUGGCGCGAAAGAACAGAAAAUAAACACUAAAAAUGACUGACAUUGCGAAUAAAAGGCAUGAAAUUGCCAAGGAGAUUAGGGCUUUGUUAAUGUCAAGUCCUGCAGCCCUGACAAUUGAUGAACUAAGGAGAGAUUUUCAUCAGUUCAUGGACAAACCCAUUCCCUUUAGGGAACUUGGGUACUCCAAUCUUGAAGACUUGUUAAGAGACAUGACAGAUGUUUUACAGAUUACUUAUAGAAAGGGAAUGAUGUGUCUUGAAGUUAUCCCAGAUGACACAACCCGCCACAUUGCAAAACUUGUGUCUAAACAAAAAAUUCCAAACAAGAACAAAUAUGCCACAAUGAGGAGAGGACCACCUCCUAGAAAGCAACAAUAUAAAGUUACAUCUUCUUUGCCACAUUAUAUAAGAAAUAACAUCUCAGAAUUAUUUAGAUCCUAUUCCAAUGGCUUACCAUUAACUCAUUUUGAUACAGCUUAUUCUAAGCGCUUUGGUUCAAUGUUUUCAUUUUCAAGACUUGGCUUUGUGUCUAUGAAAGAACUUUUAUAUUCUGUUCCUGAAUGUGUUUUACUCAAAGAAUUUCAAGCUGGAGAGUGGAGAGUUUUACCUGUACACAUGAAAGCACCAGAAGGUAAUUGGAGGACAAAAGGAAACAAACCUGGAGAAAGAACUUUAAGCCCUGAGAACAAACCCCCAGAUGGUUGGUCUAUGCAAUAUGACCUGAGACAAGCAGUGGUAGAAACUCGGCAACAAUACAACAGCAUGUUACCAUAUAGAGUUGAAUCAGGAAGACCUGAUACUACUUCUCAACAAAAGCCAGUCAGAGGGAGAGGGAGAGGAAUGAAGAGAAGCGCUAGCGGUGGAGAUCAAGCAUCUGUUGGUAGAGAAAGUGAAUCCAGUUACAAUUCUAAUGAACCAGAAAUAGAUCUGGAAUGUUGUCUUGAAACAGAUCUUAAUGAUGGAACACAACAGCUGCAGACGGAGCUUAGAGAUUUGCUUGCUGAAAAACCAGAUGGGAUAUGGGCUAGUCAGUUACCUUUCUUAUAUAAGAUGAAAUACAGCAAACUCCUAAAUUUUAAAGACCUAGGGUAUAUGAGUGUUAUAGAGUUAUGUAAUUCCUUUCCUGACCAGAUUUUGAUAGAACGACCUGUAUCCAAGGGAGAUUGGUUAUUGUAUGAUGCUAGAAUUCCUAGAAAAUCAACUGAAAAGGAGCGUGUUGAUUCAGAUAAAAACAAAAUAGAGGAGAAGAGGAAACAUCAUAAUAGUCAAAAAGGUGCUGAUCCAGAGUUGAAGGAAAAAAUUAGACAAGUUGUCAUGUGCCGGAAAGAUGGAAUUCCGUUAAAAGAUUUUUUGGCAUUUUAUCAGAAAUUAAUAGGCGAUAGUUUACCAGUAGAAGAGUUAGGUUUUGGCUCCGUUGAAAGAUUUUUGUUGUCAUUGACGGACACAUUGUUACAGUUUAAGUAUAAAGGAGAUGGAAUCAUUAUGGUGUUACCAUUGGAUACCACUGCUCCACAAAGAACAGACAAGCUGAAAUACCUACCAGAACCUGAGGAAGUGGUAAAGAGUAACCUACCAGAAGAUGCCAUCUUACCUGGUGCCUGCUAUAGACAUUUGGAAUUACCAAAAUUAGGGGAAUAUUUUGAAGUCUUUGUCUCAAAUAUUGUAUCUCCUGGUCUAUUCUGGUUCCAAGUCAGAUCUAAAAAGACUACAGUUGCAUUAGAAAAAGUGAUGAACCAGUUGGAAUAUUGUUACAAAACAGCUGAAGGUAAUACAUACAAGAUACCAGAUGAAUUAUUAGUGGUAGGACUGGUUGUAGCUGCUGUAUUCCCUGAGGAUGAUAACUACCACAGAUGUAUUGUUACCAAGCUGGAGAUAGGACAUCAAGCACAGGUGUAUUUUGUAGAUUAUGGAAACACAUGUAGUGUCCACAGAAGCAAAUUACGCUUACUUAGGUCCAAAUUUCUAAAACUGCCAAUUCAGGCAAUUCAAGGAAGACUUGGGAAUAUACAACCAAAUGGACCAGAGGGCCAGAAAUGGACAAUGAAUGCUAGAAACAAACUUCUUUACAUGUGUAUAAAUAAACCACUGGUAGCCUUAGCAACAAAAGAAAAGGAUAGAGUGAUGUCCCUUGUUUUGGUAGACACUUCAGGAGAAGAGGAUGUUUGUUACAAUGACAAGCUUGUUCAAGAAGGAUAUGCUAUUUUUAGACCAGACGAUCAUACCACUAAUUUGACAGGUCCUACAGAUGCACCAGAGAUACCAGAUUACAGUUAUGUGUAUGGUAUCACAGACCACCAGUCAAGUUAUCCUGAUACAAGCUCAGUCACCGCACUAUCUUCACACGAUACAGAUGUCUCUGAAAUCAAACAAAGAUUUGUCAAGGAAAAACAGCUGACACCAGAGUAUAAGAUUCAUGUGAUAAACUUGGAUGGGGUUGCACGUGUGUUAUCGGAAGAAAUCUCUGCUUUUCUCUUUGACACAGAUGUUCUUACAGGCAUGCUCGAACAGAAGCGGAAGAAGAUCAGUAAAAUAGAGAUAUCUAUAGAAGAACAACCUCAAGUCUUCAUGGAACUUCAAGAGUAUGGAGCCAUUCCUGCCUCAAGAAGAUGUAUAAGCCUGUAUGAAUUGAAUAGUGUUCCACAGAUUUUACAUGUAUUUAACCAGACAUCAGGGGAGCUAAUCAGCAGUAUUACAGAUGUGAUAGAAAAGUUUGAUCCAGAAGAAGCAUAUUGGAAGGGUGAGUCUGGAGAGGAAAUAGAAACAGAAAGUAUAGAUGGAGAUUACGCGGAUAUGGACCAAGAAAAGAUAACUCUUACCAUUGAUACACUGCAGUAUAAGAGAAAAAGAAUUUUGCAGUCGUUGAUGGAUGUAACUAUUAGUCAGAGUGAAGAGGUGGUAAAUGAAUUAAAUAAUAUUGAACAACAAAUAUCUCAACUGAAAACAGCAUUAGAGAAAGCCCCUAAAGCUACACCAACAGCUGAUCAGUUUGAAGAUGCUAACACAGAAUCUCUAACCAAUAAACCAGAAAUCCAUUCAUCUACAGUAAAAUCUGAUACUGCAACAAAGUCUGUGUUGUCAGCAUCAGUUAGCCCUGUAAAGAUGACCAACGUAGUGACACCAAUGAAAGUUACUGCCCCACCAAACCUGCCAAAACCAACAAAUAGUGGCGCUGCUAAUCUGGCCACCCAGAAUCCAAUGAGCACUUUCAACUUGACACCACAGCAGCUUUUCUAUCAACAGAUGUUAUUUUCUCAGAUGAACCAACAAGCUAUGAUUAAUCCAUUAAUGUCUCAGCUUAUGAUGGGUGGUAUUCCUGGUGCUCAAUGUCAGCCAAAUGACGGACAGCUUUUUGGGUUAAAUUCUAUGUCUCAGAUGGGAAAUCCUUUGCAAACUAUGCCACAGAUGGGAAAUCCCCUGCAGAACUCUGUGCACCAGAUGGGACAUUCUGUGCCUAUGGGAGUACCGAAUAUGUCUCAAGUUAACCCAUUAGGAAGUGGAAUGAUGAAUCCAAUAUUAGGGGGACAGUCUUCUGAACCCACACAUAAUUCAGGUGAAGUUCCAGAUCUUCCUUUGUUACCAGGGUUAUUGCCCUUGUUACAACAUUUAAGCAUUGGACGUGGAAGUGGAGACAGGAGUGGAAACUCUGGAUCACAGUGAUAUCUGGCUGCUGAUUUACAAGACUGUCCAUCACUAAAUUACCAAAUAAUUAGAUUCAGUAUUAAAGCUAUUUUAUGAUUUUAUGACCUUGCAAAAUAGAUCUGUUUUCUAUAAGUAUUGCAAUUUAUGACAAAGAAAAAAUGUUACUUUGUUACUUUUUUAUUUUUCAUUUUAUUUGUCACUGUUGAUGUACAGAAAAAGGGGCUGCUUUUUAUUUCAUUUUUUAUUACUUAACCUCCAAAUGUAAAUAUUUUAUAAUGACUCAUCUGUUUGAGAGAUUAGCCCAUGUUCAUUUUUAGUGCAUAAGAAUUUAGUGCUUUGAAUAAUUUGUUCCAUUGUAUAUACUAGUAUGGUUCCAUUCUUAUUGAUCUGUGCUUCAUUAUUAUUUUUGUACCUUUUGUUACUACAUUUUUUUUAGUUUCUGUUUUAUUUUAACACACCUAUUUGUGUAAAUAUGGGUAUGUUAUAAAAAAGAAUCAGCACAUUGUAAAAUGGACUUUGUUGCGCUGUGUGUAGUAUUUGUAUGAAGAAGAUAUUUGAAUCCAACUACUGUUUUAUUUUUUAUUAUUUGUUUGUUGAUAUAUGUAUAUGUAUAAAACAUAAAUUUGUUAUUUUUUUCCAAAGAAAUGGUGUGAUUGCAAUAUUCAGUUAUGUAGAUAGUGAAAAGUAGUUGUUGUUAAUGCAAAUGUUAGUAACAGAUUAAAAACAAUAACAUAUAUUCAAUAAUUCAUAUCUUUAAACCAUUUCCUAUCAGAAGUUGAGAUGCCCCUUCCCCUCAUUUGCAUUGAAAUCCUUGAUAAGUUAAGUCUUUUUAUCAGUUGUGAGAGUAAUAGAAAAUAAUUGCAAUAAAUUUUGGCGUACUCAAUUUAGUGUUGUCCUCCUGUCUUUCGAAAGAUACAGCAGUUGUCUGUACUUGUUUUGCUGUGCCAGCACAUAUUUAUUCACUAUUAAGCUAAUUUUUGUUGGUUAUGAUGAGUAAUAAAUCCAGUGUGCACUUAUUGAAAAUGACCUAUUUUUAUUGAAUUUAGGCUGUUGAACUCAAAAAAAUUGUCAUCACAAUUGUACUUUUUUUGGUAUGUCUGUAAUCAUAACAUGGCUGAUUGGAGAGGAAAUACAUCAGGGGAUUUUCUAUAGAGAAAUGUUGUUCAACAAUGACAAAUAAAACGAGCUAUUUAAUAGGUUAUGACAAUAUGUCUAAUAAUUUUAAGGGAGUUAGAUAUGAAAAGAAAGUCUUAUUAUUAAAUGACAGGUUCAAGGGUUAUAUUAGUGGAGCCCUCCUAUAUUCUUUUUGGAUAUAGAAUACAUUUAUUUAAGGUGGGAUGUAUGUACAAUCAAGGUGAUUAUGACACUUCCCACUCCUGAAAGACAUGUUAAUGUAGGAGAUACGAUGCAAAUGGGGGGAGACGAAUAUAACAGAUGUAUUAUUCAAAACGCUAACCACAUGCAGUGUUUAUAUCAUACAAAUUUGUAGCUCAUAUAGCCAGUAUACCUUUGUCUUUCAGUAUAACAACAUGUGAUUUGGUUAUAGACAAUCAUCUAUUGUACAUUUUAUGAGACUCAACUAGUAUAUUGUCAUACAGAAUUAGAUGUACUCAUGAUUAUUGCUGUUUAUAUACUGUAAAAUGGUUAAUUAUUUGUGUUUCUAGGGCCGUGAUCCCUUUUUGCAAGGUUUUAUUUUAUGUUUUUGAAGUCCCAUUUAACAGUAGUUCCUUACAAAUCAAAUUUAUGCAAAGGAGGGGGGGGGGUUUCCAAAUAAACCACUUGAGAGAUUUUCCCACUUUAUUGUACACGUAAUUGUUGUGCUAAGCAACACUUACAUUCAAAUCAUACCUGUAAGUUCAAUAUGGAUCAGUGUAAAUGAUUUUUGGCAUAUUGAAUGUUUUGAUUAUAAAUUCUUCCAUGAAAAAAUUCAAAACAUGUCCUAAGUUGAUCCUUUUUUACCGGAAUUGGUGUACUGAUUUUAAAUCUUUAAUGUAAAAGAAUGAUUUGUAUAGCAAACUAAUAUACUAACUUGGAAAAUACUUUAAAAGUGAAAUAUCAUGAACUUUAUUCUUAACAUAACUUUGUAGUCUAUUUUAUAGAUGCUGAAUAAAUAAAUAUAAACAUCAUUAGAACAAGGAUUUCAAAAUCUAGACGUUUGUUUGAAAUCAAACAUAACAUGUUUACGCUUAUUUUCAGCUAUUGAAUAAAAAUUGUAUCGGAAACGGCAGAGAUAAUUUUAAUAAAGUAAAAUAAAUCAUUCUAAAGGUUUGAAGCCCUGUCAAAUAAUCUUGAUUAAUUUUUGAUUGAAACUAAAGAAGUUUUUGAAAAAAAAGUACGGUAUUCUUUUUCAGAAAAAAUAUGUUGUCUAAUAUUUUUAUGAUUUUUUCUGCUAUUAUAUAUUGCAAGUAACAAAGUCAAUGAUAGAUAAUACUGUUCAGAAAAUUUAGAGGUUUAGCCAUCUUCAGUCACACAUUAAUAAUUUUUAUACGUCUGUUUAUGGGACGUAUUAUGGUAUACCGUUGACCGUCUGUCAUCAACAUGUCGGACAUUAACUCAAAAAAUCUUUAACCAAUAGGCAUGAAACUUUGGUGAAUUGUUUAUAUCUAUUGACGUGAGCUCCCUUUCGUUUUUUAUAAAUUUCAGAUUUACCGUUUCCAAGUUUUGGGGUUUUAUUCAUUAAAAAAGGGGGGAUUUUCCAGUUUUCCGACAAUAACUCAAGAAUGCUUUCACCAACUUGCAAGAAAUUUUGGUGAAUUGUUUAUAUCUAUUGACAUGAGCUCCCUUUUGGAUUUUUAUAAGUUUUAGAUUUAAAGUUUCCGAGUUACAGGGUUUUGUUCAUAAAAAAAGGGGGAUUUUUCAGUUUUCGGACAAUAACUAAAAAUGCUUUCAGCAGUUCUAAUGAAUUGGUGAAUUGUUUAUAUCUGUUGAUGUAAGCUCCCUUUAGAAUUUUUAUUAAAUUUUAGAUUUUACAUUUCUGAGUUAUUGGGUUUUAUUCAUUAAAAAAGGGGGAUUUACCAGUUUUUGGACAUUAACUCAAAAAUGCUUUCAGCAGUUCUCAUGAAACUUUGGUGAAUUAUUUAUAGCGAUUGAUGUAAUCUCUCUAUUGAUUUUCAUAAAUUUCAAAUAUGACAUUGAGAAGAAAUUGAACUUUAUUUGUUUAUAGUCUGACAACAGAUUUACUAAGUAUUGUGCAACAGCACAGUGUAUUGCACAACAGCAAGAAAUCUUUAAUUGAAUAUAAAUUCAAUUCACAUAACCAAUUUAAAGUUCUUUGACUACAUCUAUUCAGAAACCUCUAACAUGUCAAAUAUUUAAUUACAAUCCAAAUUCAGACCUAUAUCAAGCUUGAAUAUUGUGUCCAUUUUUGCCCCAACUGUUCAGGGUUGGACCUCUGCAGGUGUAUCCAGCUGCGCUCAGCGAAGCAGUUUAUUAACCAUUGGGCCAGGUGAGCUUUUCUCAUCAUUUGGCAUCCGUCGUCCUCUGUUAUUUUUUAAAAUCUGACAUGUAGUUAAAUGUUCAUUAGGUUAAGAUCUAUCUGCCCUGAAAUUUUCAGACGAAUCAGACAACCAGUUGUUGGGUUGCUGCCCCUGAAUUGGUAAUUUAAAGGAAAUUUUGCAGUUUUUGAUUAUUAUCUUGAAUAUUAUUAUAGAUAGAGAUAAACUGUAACAGCAAUAAUGUUCAGCAAAGUAAGAUCUACAAAUUGGUCAACAUGACCACAAUUGUCAAUUGACCCCAUAAGGAGUUAUUGCCCUUUAGAGUCAAUUUUUAACAAUUUUUCGUAAAUUUUUGUAAUCUUUUACAAAAAUCUUCUCUGAAACUACUGAGACAAAUUCAACCAAACUUGUCCACAAUCAUCAUUAGGGUAUUUACUUUGAAAAAUGUGUCUGAUGACCCCGCCUGCCAACCAACAUGGCCGACAUGGCUAAAAAUAGAACAUUGGGGUAAAAUGCAGUUUUUGGCUUAUAUCUACGAAACUUAAGGAUUUAGAGCAAAUCUGACAUGUCUAAAAAUGUUCACUUGGUUUAGAUAUAUCUGCCCUGAAAUUUCAGACAAAUCAGACAACCCAUUGUUGGGUUGCUGCCCCUGAAUUGGUAAUUUAAGGAAAUUUUGCAGUUAUUGGUUAUCUUAAAUAUUAUUAUAGAUAGAGAUAAACUGUAAACCGCAAUAAUGUUCAGCAAAGUACGAUCUAAGAAGAAGUCAAAAUGACCAAAAUUGUCAAUUGACCCCUUAAGGAGUUAUUGCCCUUUAUAGUCAAUUUUUAACAAUAUUUGUAAAUUUUUGUAAUCUUUUACAAAAAUCUUCUCUACUUAAUCUACUGGGCCAAAUAGAAUUAUACUUAGCCACAACUUUCAAUAGAGUAUCUUGAUUGAAAAAUGUAUCAGAUGACCCUCGGGCCCUGCCAUCCAACCAACAUGGCCGCCAUGUCUAAAAAUAGAACAUAGGGGUUUACUAUAGAAGUCUUUGGGAAAAUUGUAAAAAAACAAUUUCAUAUGGUCACAACUUGAAAACUAAUUUAAAUAAUGAUAAGGAGUCUUCAGUAACUAUUGUAAGACCACACUGGGAUGUCCUUCUUUUGAUUUAACUGCUGGGCCAAAUUUAACCAAACUUGGCCUCAAUCAUUAUUAGGGUAUCUAAUACUAUUUAUUAUGCUUUUAACCCUAUUUAACAUGAUUUCCAAAACCAUAGUAGAUACAGGUGAGCGACACAGACUCUUAAGUUAGUUGGGGUAAAGAUUGCAUGACAUGCAAUUAAAACCCUUUUGUCACUUGCUUGAUAAAUUUAUUUUCCAGGCCUUAUCUAUCUUUGAGAGCAAAAACAAAAUAGUACAUUAAUAUCAUUCCUUAGAUGCUAUCCAUGUCACUAUCAAGCAAUUCAUUUUUGAUGUAUACUGAGAUUUAAAAAAUAUAUAUAUUUAUAUAUAAUAUAUAUCUAUCUAGUCUACAAAUAUGUUCAAGUACAACCAUUGACAAAUGAAGAGCACUCAUUCAAAAUAUUGCCUAAAUAUGUUUCAUUUAUGAAUAUUAUGCAAUGUUUUAUAUUAAGUUCACAUUGCGAAAUGAGAGCAAUCUUACUCUUCAGUGCUUGCAAGCACUUUAUUUAAAUAAUCUCUUCUAAGACCAUAAACCAAUUGAAUUUAAACUUUGUUUACUUUUCAAAGUGCAUUUAACUUUGUAUAUUUUUCUAAUUUCGUUUGAACUUUGGAGGAGCUAUAUAUUUCCCAUGUUGUUCAGACAAAGUUUGUAAUACCAAUGGAAAGAUUUUUGUAUGCUAGGAGUAUAAUUGAUUGUAGAAUCUUCUGAUGUAAUAUGAUUUUGCUAAGGUUUAAAAUAUCACAUAUCUUAAACAUCAGUUUUAAUCAUUUGUCUUAUACUAGAUCAAGAGUUUUCCAAGGUACAAUUUAGGGAGGACUUGUAUUAAGACAGUUUUGGAAAUUUAGUAAAAAAUCAGAGUAAAGUUGUAAAAAGGAAAUGUAUAUUCAAUGCUUUUGUGCUACUUUAAUUCUUGAAAUAUUUGACAUUAGUGCUUUUAUAUUUGUAUGCAAUGAAGCAUUUUACAUUUAUUGUUUGUUAUUUUAAGUGAUGAUUUUUGCAAUAAAAUAAUUCACAAGUUUA